AUGUACCACGAGUAUGCUUAUUAUUCUGGUUUUGAAAUCAGAAAAGGGAGCCAGAAAACUAAUUUGUCGGGAAUAGUAAGACAAAAGUACUAUCUUUGUCACAGAGCUGGAGAAAGGAAGAAGGUUAACAUAGAUAGUUUAGAAAGAAAUGAAAAACAAGUUAGAAAAAGCAGCAUGGAAUCCACUGGAUGUAAAGCUAGAGUGAGAUUUGACUUGGAUUACUUGAACGAAACAUACAUAAUAGCUGAUUUCCAUGCAAUUCAUAAUCAUGAAUUGGUUCCGCGAGAGUAUAGACAUCUAUGCAAAACAGAUAGACAACUAAAAUAUGCAGAGCAGCUAUUUGUCUACAAUGCCUCCAUCUCAAACGUUGGACCAACAAAAGCUCAUCAACUGUACAGUAACUUGAAGGGAAGCUCGUUAAAUGUAAAUGGGACAGUUGAUGAUUUCAGAAACUGGAAGAGGGACCUAAAUGUGUACAUCAAUGAAAGUGACGCUCAAAUUUUAGUUAACAAAAUGAUGGAAAUGAGAGAACAUAUCCCUGGUUUUGCAUUUGAGUAUAAGGUUGACAACUCUGAAUUACACUCACUCUUUUGGGCCGAUAAUGUAGCAAGGCGUAACUAUGAAGAAUUCAGUGACAUAAUGUCCUUUGAUGCAACGUAUCGGACAAACAGGUACAACAUGAUGUUUGUCCCUUUCACGGGAAUAGACAACCAUAACAAAUGCGUAACCUUUGCUGCUGGGUUGAUAAGAGAUGAGAAGCAAUACACAUGGCUCCUAAAAUGUUUCAUGGAUAACUUCAAGAAAGAGCCAACAAUGGUGGUAACAGAUCAAGACAAAGCCAUGGAGAUUGGAAUAAAAAAUAUAUUUAAGACUGCAAAGCAUAGGCUGUGCAUGUGGCACAUAACACAAAAACUGCCAACAAAGAAGGAAAUAGAAGCUGGUCUAUAUGAUUGUUUAGUUGUCCAAAUGACUGCUGAAGAAGAGUGUCAAAUUUAUAUCAUUAAUGAGAUGUUAAAGAGGAAAGUGAAAGAGACUAGACAAAAUGUGAUUCAGUAUAAGACACUAUCUCCGUUUAGGUCUCCUUUGCCGACAUUGUUUUAG